UAGCGCCUUUCAGAGUCAGGGGACUCCAAGCGCUUUUACUCUACAGUGUAUCAUUCAUCCAUUCACACACACGUUCACACGCUGGUGGGGAUGCUCCACACUGUAGACACAGCUGCCCUGGGGUGCACAUUAAGUCUAGAAGAGCUCUGGAUCAGCGGUUCUCCAGAUCUUCAAAUUCUUUUGGGAAAAUUGUUGAAUCUAGAACAACAAAUGUAUCCAUCCAUCCAUCCGUCCACUCUUCCAUUCAUUUUUGCCCGCUUAUACGGAGUCACUUCGUAGGGGCAGCAGCCUUAGCAGAGAGACCCAGACUUCUCUCUCCCUAGCCACUUGGGCCAGCUCUUCCGGAGGAAUCCCAAAGCGUUCCCUGGCCAGGUGAGACAUAGUCCCUCCAGCGUCUCCUGGGUCUUCCUUUAGGUUUAGGUCCCCUCCCGGUUGGACUUGCCCAGAAAACCUCACCAGGGAGGCAUCCUGACCAGAUGCCCGAGCCACUUCAACUGGCAAUUUCAGCCGCUUGUAUCCAUGAUCUCGUUCUUUCGGUCACUACCCAAAGCUCGUGACCUUAAGUGAGGGUGGGAAUGUAGAUCCACCGCCCAAAACAUUCAGGAAUCACCUCAGUGUGUCAUUGGGACAUUGGAUUACACAAACCAAGUGUUUUUAUUUUAUUUUCUUAUAACACAGAUUAUUAUGGCCAUAAACCAGCAAAGGUGAAACUGAAUUUAUGCUUUUGACUUCAUGAAAUUAGCUUUGUUUGUUUUGAGUUCUUUGAGUUUUGCAGGUAGAGUAACGGUACUCUUGCUUCUGUGGAGGAUCACGUUGCAUUGUCUGACUGUGUUUAUCGAUAUGGGCAUGUAGCUCUUUUCAGCCUUUGUAUUUAGCAUCACCACCCUAACCCUAACCCGUUCUAUAUGAAUGGUAAUUUGGCGUCCCCUAGUGGUGAUAUAUGGUUAGAACAUCUGAAAACAGAAGCCAUGAAUGCGCUCCACCAAAAGCACAACUCAGCACUGCUGGUACCCUAUACUCCCAGAAUACCCCCACAGGGCCCCCUGAAGGACACGGUCGACCAUCUCCAAAUACACAAAACACGUGUAGAUUGGUUGGGCGAUCUCCCACGCGCCCUCCAGGACCCCCUGUUCCGCGGCCAGGACGAAAACCACUUUGUUCCUCUUGAAUUUGAGGUUCUACAAUCCGACAGACCCUUCUCUCCAGAACCCCUGAAUAGACCUUACCAGGGAGGCUCAGGACUGUGAUCCCCUGUAGUUGGAACACACCCUGUGGUCCCCCUUUUUAAAUAGGGGCACCACCACCCCAGUCUGCCAAUCCAGUGGAACUGCUCCUGAUGUCCACACGAUACUGCAGUAAACUGGAGUUUUGGACCGUGUACACAGAUGGGAACCAGUGUCAGUCCAACAUGUGUGUGCACGGGGAGUGUGUGGACCAGUACCAGGACUACGCCUGCCGGUGUCGACCCGGUUAUGAAGGCAAAUACUGUCAAUACAACAUAACGGCUACAAACUGCUCGAUGAACAACGGCGACUGUGAUCACGACUGCACGGAGAGCGAGAAUGGUCUGAGCAGGAUCUGCAGCUGUGUGACGGGAUACAGGCUGGAAAACAAUUACAGGAAAUGUGUUCCUAAAGGUUCCUCUGCAUGUGGUCAGCUGUUGAUCAGCAGGUCGGAGUACGCCAAUCCGCAGGGCGGUCUGAUGCCCUGGAUGCUUGGAGGAGAGGUGGGAAAGAAGGGGGAGAGCCCCUGGCAGGUGUUGGUAUUAAAUGCUAGAGGGUCUUUUCACUGCGGGGGCGUCCUCAUUGAUAAGAACUGGGUCCUGACAGCAGCUCACUGCCUCCAGAACAACCACCGGUUCAGCGUUCGACUGGGGGAUUAUGAGCGCCUGAUAACUGAAGACACGGAGGUGAAGCUGGAGGUCAGCAAGGCUUUCAAACACCCGAACUACAACAGCCAAACGGUGGACAACGACAUUGCGCUGCUGCGCCUGCGGACGCCCGCUCCUUUCUCCAAGUACAUCCUCCCAGUCUGCUUACCGAGCCGAGCCAUGGCCGAGAGGGUCCUGCACCAGAAUGGCACAGUCACCGUGGUAACGGGCUGGGGCAGAGAUGACACCGGCAAAUACAGCUCAGCACUCAACGUUAUCAAAGUCCCGCUGGUGGACCACAGCAACUGCAGCCGCCAGAUGUUCCCCCACCAGCUCUCCAACAACGUCCUGUGUGCCGGGAUCCUAGGUGAGAGGAUAGAUGCCUGUGAGGGCGACAGCGGAGGUCCGAUGGUCACGCUGUACCAAAACACCUGGUUCCUGGUGGGCCUGGUGUCGUGGGGUGAGGGCUGCGGCAUCAAGGACAAGCCGGGUAUCUACACCAAGGUGUCCAACUACAACAGAUGGAUCAGCCAGGUUCAGGAAGAAUGGGACAGGAAGCACCAGCCACAGAGAGCGCCGACCGUCUGAGACCAGAACAGCUCUGGUAAACCCUCAGAACUGCCUCACAGAAUCAGAGAUGGAGCACCUUUAAAUAAAUAAAUAGAUUUACCCCAA